UUUUAUGGGUUGCUCAUCUUCAAAUGUAAAACUGUCAAUUUAUAAAGUAGAGUGCCGAUGUUAAUAAUCCUGGAAAUGCCCCUAAGGCUGAGGUGAUUUUCAUUUUGGUAAUGUUUUUUUUUUAACUUUUAUAGGGAGGUCCUGGAUCAGGUAAGGGCACACAAUGUGAAAAAAUGGUUAAGGAUUAUUGUUUUUUGCAUAUUAGUACUGGAGAUUUGCUCAGAGCUGAGAGAUAGAAAGGUAAUAUUAUUUAAUAAAAUUAGGCGGACCUGAUGCAGAAGAAUUAGAAAAUAUUAUGAGAGAAGGCAAAUUAGUUCCAUCAGACACAUUGGUAAAGUUGAUCAAAAAAGUAUGAAGUUUAAUAUGAUUUUGAGGAAAUUGAAUCUUUUGGAAACACAGGCAGAUAUAUAUUAGAUGGAUUUCCAAGAUCAUAAGAUAAUUGGGAGAGUUGGACAAGAAUUAUCGGAAAUUCAGUAAAUGCAAGAUUUUUGUUAAUGUUUGAAUGUUCGGAAGCAGUAAUGGAAUAAAGGCUUUUGAAGAGAGGAGAGACAUCAGGAAGAGCAGACGAUAAUGCAGAAACAAUAAAGAAAAGAUUUGCCACCUUUAUGAACGAAACUUAACCAGUUGUAGCAGCUUUCGAGAAGAAGAAUAUGGUUGUGAAAGUAAGUGCUGAAGCAACACCUGAUGAAGUUUAUGAAAAUGUUAAAAAAUAAUUAACCAAUAAAGGUGUUUAACCUUAAAAACGACCUGAAGUUUUAUUUGUUUUAGUAAUACAUAUUUUAAUUUCAAGGGUGGACCAGGAUCAGGAAAAGGUACUCAAUGUGCUCGUAUUGCUAAAGACUUUUAAUAUGUUCAUCUAUCAACCGGAGAUCUAUUGAGAGAAGAAUAGAAAAAGGAAGGUCCAAUGUAAGCAGAACUAAAAGCAAUUAUGGAAGCAGGUAAACUUGUUCCAUCUGAUCUUGUUGUCAAAUUAAUGAAAAAGGUAUUUUAAUUUGUAAUAAUAGGAAUUAUUAAGAAGAUAAUUUAGAGGAAAAUAUCUAUUAGAUGGGUUCCCUCGUAACCAAGAAAAUAUUGAUUCUUGGAAUAAAAUUUUAGCUCCUUUGGUAGAUGUAAACUGUUUGCUCUACUUUGAAUGUUCUGAUGCAGAAAUGACAAAAAGACUUUUGGAGAGAGCUAAAACAUCCGGAAGAGCAGAUGACAACGAAGAAACAAUUAAAAAGAGGUUAAAUACUUUCCAUUCUGAAACAAAGCCUGUUCUUGGAGUUUUUAAGGAUUAAAGUAUAAAAUUAUUUAAUAUAUUUAGAUAAGUUGAAAGUCAUUAAUUCUGAAUAGUUGGUUGAUGUUGUUUAUUCAAAUGUCAAAAAAUAAUUUAAAAGCAGUGGAUUAGCAGUUACACAAAAUGGUUAAAAACCUGCCAAAGGAAAAUAUGUGAUUGGUUUGAUUGGAGCUCCUGGUACUGGAAAAUAAGUUCAAGCUUCAAGAAUAUCAAAGAGAUUUGGAUUUCAACAUUUCUCAACAAAACUAAUUAUUAGAGAUGAAAUUAAAAAGAACACUCCAGAUUCAUAAACAAUAAAAGAAUGCUAAAAAAAUAACCAACCUAUUCCAGGCAAGAUAGUUGUAAAAUUAAUAAUUGCUGCUGUCAAUUAAUCAAAAGCUGUAAUAUAUUUAAAUAUAUUGUAGAGAAAAUUCAUUAUUGAUGGAUUCCCAAGAAAUUAAGAUAAUCUAAAUGCAUGGUAUGCUUAAACAAGUAACCCUAUUCGUCUGAAAUAUAUUAUGUGUUUUACUUGUUCAUAAGAGGUACUUGACAAAAGGAUUGCUGCUGACGUUGGUAAUUAUAAAGAUUAUAUGAAUCUAGCAAAGAAAGAUUAGGCUAGCGUUUAAAGGAAAGUUGAAAUAUUAAAUAAUCAAACAAAUUAAAUCAUUUAGAUGUUUAAGAAAGAUGAAAGACUUAUUGAGAUAAACACGGAACCUUCAGCUGACGAAGUAUUUACUGAAAUUGAAAAAGUCUUCCAAGCCAAAAAGCUAGAUAGAUGAG